AUGCGCACUCUCACUCGCACUCUCACGCGCUCUCUCACGGGCACUCUCACGCGCUCUCUCACGCGCUCUAUCAAGGCGCACUCUCAGGCGCACUCUCCCGCGCGCUCUCUCGCGCUCUCUCUCCCGCACUCUCAUGCGCAUUCUCUCUCUCACGUGCUUUCUCUCGCGCACUCUCAUGCACAUUCUCUCUCUCACACGCUCUCUCACGCGCACCCUCACACGCUCCCUCACACGCUUUCUCACACGCUCUCACACACGCUCUCUCACGCGCACUCUCACAACUCUCUCACGCACAUUCUCUCUCUCACAAGCUCUCUCACGCGCACCCUGUCACGCUCCCUCACACGCUCUCUCACGCGCUCUCACACGGGCUCUCUCACGCGCACUCUCACGCGCUUUCUGACGCGCUCUAUCAAGGCACACUCUCACGCGCUCUCUCUUGCGCUCUCUCUCCUGCACUCUCACGCGCACUCUCACGCACCCUCUCUCGCGCUCUCCCUCCCGCACUCUCAUGCGCAUUCUCUCUCUCACGUGCUUUCUCUCGCGCACUCUCACGCACAUUCUCUCUCACAUGCUCUCUCACGCGCACUCUCACACGCUCCCUCACACGCUCUCUCACACGCUCUCACACACGCUCUCUCACGCGCACUCUCACGCGAUCUCUCUCACGCACAUUCUCUCUCUCACAAGCUCUCUCACGCGCACCCUGUCACGCUCCCUCACACGCUCUCUCACGCGCUCUCACACGCGCUCUCUCACGCGCACUCUCUCGCGCUCUCUGACGCGCUCUAUCAAGGCACACUCUCACGCGCUCUCUCUCGCGCUCUCUCCUACACUCUCACGCGCACUCUCACGCGCUCGCUCUCGCGCUCUCUCUCCCGCACUCUCAUGCGCAUUUUCUCUCUCACAUGCUUUCUCUCGCGCACUCUCACACACAUUCUCUCUCUCGCACGCUCUCUCACGCGCACCCUCACACGCUCCCUCACGCGCUCUCGCACGCGCUCUCUCACGCGCCCUCUCAUGCGCUCCCUCACGCACUCUCUCACGCGCUCUCUCAAGGCGCACUCUCAGGCACACUCUCAUGCACUCUAUCUCUCGCGCGCUCUCUAUCGCGCACUCUCACCACAUUCUCUCUCUCACGCUCUCUCUCUCGCGCACUAUCGCACGCAUUCUCUCUCUCUCACGCUCUCACACGCUCACAUGCGCUUUCUUAUCCGCUCUCUCACGCGCUCUCACGCGCUCUCUCACGCGCCCUCUCACGCGCUCCUUCACGCGCUCUUUCACACGCUCUCUCAUGCGCACACGCUCUCCCUCACGCUCCAUCUCUUUCUUCUUUAA